CUUUACGCAGUAACCCAGAACGGGCGCUUCUGGACCGGUUUAAACAACCGCUGCGAAUUACCAACAGAUCACCAGGAUGGCAGUGACGAAAGGACUCCUCUUCAGACAGCUGUUUGAAACAGAGAGCUGCACGUACACCUACCUGCUGGCAGACACAGACACCAAGGAGGCUGUCAUCAUUGAUCCUGUGCUGGAGACCAUUGACAGGGACCUGAAGCUCAUAAAGGAGCUCGGACUUAAUCUAACAGUUGCAGUAAACACCCACUGCCACGCAGACCACAUAACAAGCACUGGACGAAUGAAGCAAAGAGUGGCUGGGCUGAAGAGUGCCAUCUCCAAAUUCAGUGGUGCCUCUGCUGAUAUCCACUUAAAAGAGGGAGACAAGAUCACCUUUGGAAGACAUUUUCUGUCUGUGAGAGAGACACCAGGACACACUAAUGGAUGUAUAACGCUGGUAACUGGGGAUCAGAGCAUGGCUUUCACUGGUGACGCUCUCCUCAUCAGAGGCUGUGGCAGGACAGACUUCCAGCAGGGUUGUGCCAAAAAGCUUUACCAGUCAAUCCACAAGAAAAUCUUCACCCUGCCUGAAGAGUGCCUCAUCUACCCAGCACAUGACUACUUAGGUCAGACAGUUUCUACAGUUGGUGAAGAGCGCAAGUUUAACCCCCGCUUGACUAAGAGCAUAGAGGGAUUUGUGGACAUCAUGAACAACCUGAAUCUCUCCAGCCCCAAAAAAAUGGGUAUUGCCGUGCCCGCUAAUCUGGUUUGUGGAGUCCAUGACGUUUGAAUGUGCUGCAAAAAAAAGGAUAACAAUGAAAGUACAUCAUUGUGCAGUGAUUGAAUUUACAUAUGUUAUAGCAAAACUGAUGAAAGCAUUAAGUGCUUUAUUGUGGUUCUGUGUGUAAAUCUAAAGGUAAAAAUGCAAUUGCUGUUUUUGUGAGGAAAAACACUAUUAGUGUGUUUGGUUAAUUAUUUAUAUGGAAGCGAACUUUAUUCAGGCGUGGUGUUAUGAAUUACAGAAUUGGGAAGGAAACAUUUGUAUAAGAAUGUCCCACCUAUGGUUUGGUUUAGUAUCCUUGAGUGGUUUAGUAUUCAGCAGAAAAUAACACUGUCCUCUAAAAAAUGUGCAUCUUGGUGUGGUGUAAUGUGUUGUGUGUUGUUGUUCAUGUGAGAUUAUAUGAGUUU